AUGGCUACUUCCAGUGUUCUAACUCCAACAACAACUUCAAGUAAAACUAUUUCUUCAGCACCUACUACUACAGAAUUACUAAGUAAACAUACUUUACCAGCAUCAUGGUGGCAUUCGGAAUCAAUUUUUGAAUUAGAAAAAAGAGCUAUUUUCCGUCAAUCAUGGUUGUAUUGUACUCACAAAUCAAGAUUCGAAAGACCAGGUAAUUAUUUUCAACUUACAGUUACCGGUAUUAAUUUUUUCAUUAUUGAAUCAAAAGAUGGUUCGAUUAAAGCCUUUCAUAAUGUUUGUCGUCAUCGGGCGUAUCCAGUUGUUAAAAAAGAUCAAGGUAGCUCAACAGUUUUAGGAUGUAAAUAUCAUGGUUGGUGUUAUAAUUCAGAUGGUUUAUUAAAUAAAGCACCACAUUUUGAUAAUAUUGAAGGUUUUAAAAAAGAAGAAAAUUCAUUAUUCCCAAUUAAUUUACAUGUAACACCACAAGGUUUAGUUUUUGUUAAUUUUUCACAAUCACCACCAAAAUUUGAAGAUUGGUAUUCUGGACUAACUGAUGAAUUGAAUGAAUUUGAUUUUUCCGAUUAUGAAUAUCAUUUUAGUUAUGAAUUAAAUGGUGAUUUUAAUUGGAAAACUUUAAUGGAUGGUUAUCAAGAAUGUUAUCAUUGUCCAACAGCUCAUCCAGGCUUAAAUAAAGCAUUUAAAAUGGAAACUUAUAAAGUUGUUCCAAAAAAUAGAUAUUGUAGACAUUAUGCUACUUUAGUUAGAGAAGAACCAAAAGAACAAGUUGAAGAAAAAUCAUCAUGGUUUGGUUUGAAAAAGGAACAACCAAAACCAAAACCAAAACCAAAAAGUAACCCUGGUGGUGAAUUUGAUGGAUUAUGGGUUUAUCUUUAUCCAAAUAAUGGUGUUAAUUGUUAUUCUCCAGCUUGGUAUUCAAUUCGCGUUUUGCCAAUAUCUGCUAAAAAAACUGUACUACAAUAUGAUAUAUAUACUAAAAAAGGAAUUGAUGAAUCUACAAAGAAGGAAUUUGUUGAUUUCUUACAACUGGUUGAAAUUGAAGAUUUUAAUUUAUGUAAAUUGACACAAAAGAAUUUAAAAGAGGGUAUUUAUUCAUCUGGUUAUUUACAUCCUCAAAAAGAAAGAGGUGUUUUAUAUUAUCAAGGUUUAGUUAAAGAUAUGGUUAAAGAACAUUUUGAUAAAGAACAAGCUAAAGGUGAAAAAAUUGAUCCAGCAUCAAUUGGUUCAAAUCCAAAAGAUAAAGCAAUUGAUGAAUUAGAAUAUAUUUGUAAAGCUAUAGAAUGUAGUGAUAAAAGUAUUGAUUGGUGA